GCAAUCUGUCGUCGUUGAAGCUGGCGUCCUGGAGAUCACAUCGCGUCGAUGGCUACUCGUAUAGGACUCGGAGGGCUUCAAAGCCUAUCCAGAUGUGCAGAAUCAGUGUUUUAUCGAUCCAACGCAUCCACAUCUCGCCCCCUUCGCCACUUCUUCAGUCCAUCUCAUGUCCAACGACAGCCUCUGACACUGCUGCACUCCUCAUUUACGGGCCCUAGGCGUACAGCUUCCAAGCUUCUCGAAGGACUAUACAGUCGACCUAGUGCCUCUCAAGAAUCCCUUAGAGCGAGCUUACGCCGUGGGAUCCUCCUCUUCAAACGCGCACCUCGGACCGAACAACGUUGGAGAUCGUGGCAGGGUUCAGGAGGAGGUGGCGGUGGAUUUGGGGGUCGGAGCGGGCUGUUGAGAGACCCAAAUUUCAUCGUUCCGAUACUGAUCGGUGUGAACAUUGCCAUCUGCGGUCUCUGGCAGUACGCUCAGUUCUCCUAUAAUCGAUUUCACGAUGCGAGUCUGCUUCAAUGGAUGUACAAGAACUUUGCUCUCACCGGAAUGAAUGUGAAAGCAGGUCGUCUCUGGAACAUGUUGACGAGUGCAUUCUCACAUCAGGACUUUAUUCAUCUCUUUAUGAACGCCCUAGGCCUGUAUUUUGUCACGCCAAUCAUUAUCAGCACCACAGCCAUGUUGGUAUCGCCUCGACGUGUCGUACCAGCCUUUUGGGGUCUGUAUCUAGGUGGUGCACUGGCCAGCGCCUGUACUAUUCUAUGGUGGCAUCGUGAUAGUCCACGCUUUGUGACGACAGGGGCAUCAGGUGCUCUCUACGCCAUGAUGGGCUAUCAAGUCAUAUUGUCUCCACGACUCCCUGUUCAGCUAUAUUUCUUCAUUCCCAUGCAGCUGCGAGUCCUUAUCGCAGCGAUCACCGCUUACGACGUGUACAAUCUUCUAUACAAUCCUCGCUCGACAACGAGCUCAGAAGGUCAUCUCGGUGGUCUCGCAUUUGGUAUAGCGGCGGGUCUAGUCUUGAGACGAAUGACGGGGUACACGCCGUUCUGAUUGACCGCGUUCGAGACCAAACACUCAGCAGAUCAUUCAUGUAUCACGUAGCAAUCCAUUCCUCCGGUGCGAAGCUUGUGUGCGCCUUAUAGUGUGACAACAAGAGGAUCCUUUCCAUGCGGCUUGGAGAUCCACCGCUUGACCCCGAGCCCCUGUACCUGAUCAUCUAUGCACAACAUCCACUAACACGGUGGU